GCUGCUGGGAUGGCGGGGGGGCGGCGGGGUGGGGGGGAGUUUGCCCUGCGCAGCGCGGCGGCAGCCAGGAGGCUGCCCGUGAGGUGCCCCGCGCGCGCAGCAGCCCGGCGCGAGCCGCCAGCAGCAGCCCCGGGGGUCUCGCGAUGCCCAAGAGAAAGGUGACGGUGGCGGAGGGACAGCGCCCCGAGGAGCCGAAGAGGCGAUCGGCGCGGCUGUCCGCUAAACCUGCUCCUGCCAAAGCAGAGCCAAAACCAAAAAAGUUACCGGCAAAGGAUAAAUCUGAGGACAAGAAAGCUCAAUCAAAGGGGAAAAGGGGGCCCAAAGGAAAACAGACAGAAGAGACAAACCAGGAACAGACGAAGGACAACCUGCCUGCAGAAAAUGGGGAAGCUAAAAGUGAGGAGACCCCAGCACCUGAUGCAGCUGUAGAGAAAGAAGCUAAGUCUGAGUAACAUCUGCUACCAAGUCUUUAAUUGGUGGUCCUUCUACGUUUCUUCUUGUACAAUUCAGAGGAAUAUUUUUAUCAACUAUUUUGUAAAUGCAAGUUUUUUAGUAGUUCUAGAAAACACAUUUUUAAAAAGGAGAGAAUCCCAACUCAACCCAUUUUUUUACAUAUUUAGAUAAGUGUAAAUGCAUUUUUUAAGUGGUAAAAUCAUGUACUGGUUGUCUGUUUUCUAUGAAACCAGAAAUAAAUGGCAUGUUACAUUAAGGAGAGGACUUUGAAGUCUUGAUGAGGCUUCACAUUCCUUAGACUGUAAGGGACAGUUUUUCUAUCCUAUUAAAUGAAGCGUAACACAGAUCAGACUUUGGAAUUCAUAAUGACGUGUUGAGAAUGUCCUAACAUAUUAGUUAUUUAUCUGUGGUUGUACCAUCGGUAGAAUUGCUUAUCUAAUAAAACUGCUCCCUAGUGUUGGAUUUCUUGCUGAGUGAUGUAUAUCUGUGACAAAGUUAUUUUUGGUAGUUGCAGCUUUAUUUUUUUCCAACAACUUUGUAGCUGUGAUGCGAAAGAUGGGAAAGUUUUAUUACAUCUUUACUGGCUUAAGUAAAAGUUUCUGUUUAGCAGACAUAACUUGUGUCGGUAUUUGAGAUACUGGAACUUCACAUCUAGUUUUAAAGGACAGCUUGUCUACAAAGAUCAAAUGAAAAAUAUUUGAAAUGGUCUUAGAAAAAAAAAGCAGAAUUAUAGUUUUUAGAUUUAAAAAACUAUGUGAGUAAAAACAGCUGUAAAAUUGUUCAUAGUGUCUGUGAUCACCAAACAAAAACCAAAUAAAUCUUGGAUUAUGAAAG